CUUCUACGGGGCCUGCUCCUUCCUCAUCGUGCUGGUCAACAAGGCGCUGCUGACCACCUACGGAGCUUUGCAGGACUUGUCAUAAGUGAGGCUCUUUGCAAACUAUACUUGCUGCGGACUGUAAAAUCAGCAUUUCAUAAAGAGCACAAAGAGAUGUCAGAGUAUCUUCAGCCUUCUUAUCAUACUUGAGAAAGUGGAGACCCACAUGGGCUGGGCUGGUUACACCUGCAACAUACUUACUGAGCAGCACCUACUAUGCGCCAAGCAGUUGCAGGCACCAGGGAAGCAGCUGUGAACAACACAAAGCCUCUGCCUGGAGGUCCCAGGCAUUGUUCUAGGCACUUGGGAUACAGAAGUGAAUAAAGCAGAUCAACAUCCUAAGUGUCAGAGGGCGUACAACCAUCCUCCCAGAGCUUACACGGAGCUUUCUAGGAAUCUCUCUAUAUAAAAGCCCAGCGACCUGCACAGCAGAACAACCAGAAUGACCAUUUCCCGUCACCAAUUGUUCUUGGAAUUGGACAGAUGGCGGCUACCAUAAUGAUACUGUAUGUGUCCAAGCUAAAUAAAAUAAUUCACUUCCCUGAUUUUGACAAGAAAAUUCCUGUAAAGCUGUUUCCCCUGCCUCUCCUCUACGUUGGAAACCACAUCAGUGGAUUAUCAAGCACAAGCAAGUUAAGCCUGCCGAUGUUCACCGUGCUCAGGAAGUUUACCAUCCCGCUGACUUUACUCCUGGAAACCAUCAUACUCGGGAAAAAGUAUCCCUUGAACAUCGUCAUCAGCGUCUUUGCCAUCGUCCUCGGCGCUUUCAUAGCAGCAGGGUCCGACCUGGCUUUUAGCCUGGAAGGCUAUGUGUUCGUGUUCCUGAACGACAUCUUCACGGCAGCGAAUGGGGUCUACACCAAGCAGAAAAUGGACCCACAGGAGCUGGGCAAGUACGGGGUGCUCUUCUACAACGCCUGCUUCAUGAUCGUCCCCACCCUCAUCCUCAGCGCCUCCACCGGGGACCUCCGGCAGGUUCCUGCUGAUGUACUCCACCGUGCUGUGCAGCCACUACAACUCGGCGCUGACCACGGCCGUGGUGGGAGCCAUCAAGAACGUAUCCAUUGCCUACAUUGGGAUGUUAGUCGGAGGAGACUACGUUUUCUCUGUGUUAAACUUCAUAGGGUUAAAUAUCUGCAUGGCGGGCGGCCUGCGAUACUCCUUCCUAACCCUGAGCAGCCAGCUGAAGCCCAGACAGCCUGUGGACGAAGAGAACAUCGCCCCCGAGGUGAAGAGUUAGACGCUGGGCAGAUCGCAGACUCCGGGCAGCUGAGGGGUUGCUCUGACCUUGGACGUGGGCCGCCCUCUGGUUAAAGCAAGAAAAGGAAUGUCUGCCAAACGCAAAGAGAACCUACCUCGCGCACUGCCGAGUGAGCCCCGUCGCCCAGAGAGCUGUGUCCCGGCAAAGCCUCACCCGCCCAAAGGGAAUCGGAAAAGGCCAGUGGGUGCCGGGCCGCCCUCCGCUGUCCGGACUGCAGGUGCCUGAGGAGGGCCAGGCGCUGGGAGGGCGAUCGCUUUCUCACCCGCACCUCCGCCUUCGUGGCAUAGGUCCCAGCCCAAGCAGUGACCAAGAGUGCUUUUUAUCUUUAUUUUCACAAAAUUAUCCGAUUAACUGCCAGUACAAUCACCUGUUACCUUCAAUUC